AGACGGCUGCAAGCGUUGUCCCGAGAGUUUCGGCCGCAGACCCGCUGGGAUCUGUGCCUGACCUCCCCGGUUCCUGGGCAUACAGGGGCUGCUAUACUGAGGGUAGCAAUGGUCGGGCACUCAAUGUUCAGCAGCAAGAUAGCGACGACCUCACUAUCGAAUCUUGCGUCGACAUCUGCAUCGGCCUUGGUUACAGUGUGGCUGGACUAGAAUAUGCGAGCCAAUGCUUUUGCGACAAUUUCGUCCGCAAUGGCGCCAACUUGACAGACGACGCGGACUGUAACAUGCCUUGCUCGGGCGACAAUGAACAGUUUUGCGGUGCGGGAAAUAGACUCUCGAUCUUUUCAAAUGACACCCUCACCGUGUAUCUCCCACCCAGUGCCCUUACAGAGGGCCUUCCUGGGUCUUGGGAGUACUAUGGGUGCGUUGUGUAAGUGUUGAUCAUUGGAGACUGUAGAAGACCUGAUGCUGUAGUGGGGAGCUAAUAUGUAAGUACAGCGACGCCAUUGACAAUCGCGUCCUGCCGUGGAUGAGCAACGAUGAGCAGAACGCAACGAUCGAGGCUUGCAUAGCUGGCUGCAGUCGAUUCGGUUACAAUGCGGGAGGUGUUGAAUACGGAUACCAGUGUUUCUGCGGCGAUAUUGACGAAGUCACCAAGGCUCCUGAAUCUGAAUGCACCGUUCCCUGCCCAGGUGAUCCUAAUCACCUCUGCGGUGGCGGUAAUAGAAUAUCGUACUACCAGUGGACUGGUGAGACUUUGACGACAUGGUCGUAUGCUCAAGGUGCUGCAGCUGGACGCUAUGAUUUUAUCAUGUCCGCGCCCCUUCUGCCUCUGAUUAGCACUGUUAGUAUCAACGAGAAGGUCGUUUUCGUUGAGAAGCAUGGCACACAGGUCUAUGACAACAGUAGCGGCUCAUUUGAGUUUGAUCCUACGCUUGCGCCACAAUACGGCACCGCCUUUCGUGAACUCCAGCUCAAGACUGAUGUCUUCUGCUCUGCAUCCCUGGUGCUGCCCGAUAAAGCUGGGCGUCACAUAAACCUCGGCGGGUGGUCUGCUGAAUCACUCUAUGGCGUCCGUCUCUUCACACCCGAGCCAGGCUUGGGUAAGAACGGAACAAAUGACUGGGAGGAAGAUGUGAAUAAACUCAAAUUAUUCGAUGCUCGUUGGUACCCGACUGCCCUGACGCUGAGUAACGGAUCCAUUCUCGUCAUGGGUGGUGAGGAUGGUUCAGACGGCCCGGUGGUUCCAACCUGCGAGAUCCUCCCCAGGCCUGCUGGGGUUACUAACUCAACAUACCUGGACUACAUUCAGAACGUUGAGAAAAUCAACUCGUAUCCCUUCAUGGCCGUUUUGCCUUCGGGUGAUAUCUUCUUCGCGCAGUAUAAUGAAGCGCGUCUUAUUUCACAGACCGACUUUCAGACGGUCAGAAUGGUGGCGCAGAUGCCUGGAGCUGUCAACAAUCCUGAAGCUGGACGAAAUUACCCCUUACAAGGAACAAUGAGUCUUUUGCCUCAGCACGCGCCGUAUGAUGACCCGCUAGGCGUGUUGAUUUGUGGUGGUACAACCGACGGUGCGAACUUCGGUCUCGACAACUGCAUUUCUAUUCAGCCAGAAGUUGAAGGUGCCGAGUGGACUAUUGAGAGAAUGCCGUCUACUCGUGUCGUGACAUGCAUGGUAGGCUUGCCCGACGGGCGUUAUCUGAUUCUCAACGGAGCUGUCAACGGACGCGCAGGUUUCGGCUUAGCCACACACCCGAACAAGGGCGCCGUGCUGUACGACCCUGCGAAGCCCGUUGGUGCGCGAAUGUCACAACUCGCUAACUCGACCAUUGCUCGCCUAUACCACUCCGAAGCAGUACUGAUGAAUGACGGACGUGUACUGGUCUCAGGCAGCGACCCCCAGGACCAGAUCAACCCCGAGGAGUACCGUCUCGAGUACUUCUCGCCCGACUACAUCCUAUCCGGAGCGCCCAAGCCCACGUUCACCAUCACGAACAAGGACUGGGCCUACGGUGAGACCGUCCCUUUCACGCUGACCUCAACAUUCAGGGGUGACGUGAAGGUGUCGCUCAUCGCAGCCGUUGGAUCGACUCAUGGUAAUAACAUGGGCCAACGGACUAUUUUCCCAGAAUUCUCCUGCAGCGGUACAUCGUGCACUGUCACUGCGCCGCCAAAUGCUAGGGUCAGUCCACCUGCCUGGUACAUGUUCUUCGUCUUGGAUGGCCCGACACCGAGCCAUUCAGUCUGGGUCCGUAUCGGAGGGGAUCCCGCUAGCAUCGGUGACUGGCCCAAUAUCGAGGGCUUCACGUUCCCUGGCGUCUAGUAAUACCGUGAAGAAGGCGCGUGUCUUGUGUGCAAAUGAGGCUGGGUUAGUAGAAGUAUCACUUUUCAUUCACGAUAGAAGGAUAUAUGGCCUUAGGCAAUAAGCUUCUAGCUUUCACACAUUCUUAAUUUGUAAUUGUAGUCUUCCCUAAUAUGUCAUCUAAAUGUGUGAUGCCAUGUUCAUCUAUACCGCCAUAUCUGCUUACUCAACGCAUGCGUUCUCAGAACUAAAGAGACUAGACACAACCUCGAAAGAUUUCUAGUUAGAUACUAGGUAAAAUUGAAGAUCCAUAGCUAGAAGCUGUCGACUCAGAAUGACUUACACAUCACCCUCGGUCUAGGUAGUCUUGUAACCGUUCAUCUCUUACCAUGUCUACUCUUAGGUACAGCGUACUUUACCGUAGUGCUGUGGCGAUGGGAGAUUAUCACAUGCCCACUGGGUUGGCGCGGUUAGAAACGGAUAUCAACAUGGAGAUGUCAAGGGCAUGGUAGUAAUAAUGGGUAUCAAACUUACCUACAUAACAACUCCUUACCUAGGUAGAUGAAAUACACAAGUCAUUGCCAAUUGGUCAAUUUUACAAUGUCUUUAAAGGUCAAG